CCUCUCGGAGCCUGACAGCCCCCCGGGCGGGACAGCAGAAGACACACCAAGGCGUCCUGCAGACGUUGCAGUCCGCUCUGAGCGUUGACCUAACAUCGCCUUACCUUUGUUAAAAUGGGAGACAUGGGAGAUCCACCGAAAAAAAAACGGCUGGUGUCUCUGUGUGUGGGCUGUGGAAACCAGAUACACGACCAGUACAUCCUGCGCGUCUCCCCAGAUCUGGAAUGGCACGCCGCCUGUCUCAAAUGCGCCGAGUGCAGUCAGUACCUGGACGAGUCCUGCACAUGCUUUGUCAGGGACGGAAAGACAUACUGUAAACGGGAUUACAUCAGGUUAUACGGGAUUAAAUGCGCUAAAUGCAACAUCGGUUUCAGCAAGAACGAUUUUGUAAUGAGGGCCCGAUCCAAAGUCUACCACAUCGAAUGUUUCCGCUGUGUGGCCUGCAGCAGACAGCUCAUCCCAGGGGACGAGUUCGCUCUGCGUGAAGAUAGCCUCUUCUGCCGGGCCGACCACGACGUUGUGGAGCGGGCCACUCUGGGACACGGAGACCCGCUCAGUCCGCUACACCCCGCCAGACCUCUGCAAAUGGCAGGUAAAGGCCAGUUACUUAACCUGUCCAUUGUCACAGCAGAACCCAUCUCCGCCCGGCAGUCUGCACUUCGGCCUCACAUUCACAAACAGCCAGAGAAGACAACUCGGGUCCGGACAGUUCUAAACGAGAAGCAGCUCCACACUUUGCGAACGUGCUACAACGCUAACCCGAGGCCCGAUGCUCUGAUGAAAGAACAGCUGGUGGAGAUGACUGGCCUUAGUCCGCGUGUCAUCCGAGUCUGGUUCCAGAACAAGAGGUGCAAAGACAAGAAGAGGAGCAUUCUGAUGAAGCAACUACAACAACAACAGCCAAACGACAAGACGAACAUCCAGGGAAUGACAGGCACACCGAUGGUGGCGGCCAGUCCGGAGCGGCACGACGGUGGCAUUCAGGCCAACCCUGUGGAAGUGCAGAGUUACCAGCCGCCCUGGAAAGUCCUCAGCGACUUUGCUCUUCAGAGCGACAUCGACCAGCCCGCGUUUCAGCAACUGGUUAGUUUUUCGGAGGGUGGACCGGGUUCGAACUCAACUGGCAGCGAGGUUGCGUCCAUGUCGUCUCAACUUCCGGACACACCGAACAGCAUGGUGUCGAGUCCCAUUGAGGCCUAAAUCUAAAGGCUGUUUGCACAAACUGAAGUUAUUCAUGUUCGCCUCAUCCUUCCAGACUACGACCAACGUGCUUGAAUUUUUGACGGUGUGAAGACAAUCAUGGGAUAUUAACAUCAACAUGCAAUCUUUAAAACAAAGCAGAAGAGAGAAACUUGCAACACUCAAGACGACGCUGCUUGCCCAUACGGUUUUUGCCAAAAGAAGACACAAACCGGACGGCGUUAACUUUGGACUUCUGAGUCGGAGACGAACUUAGCCCUAAUGUUCACUAGUUUAAUUUAAAUACUUUUCUUUGUAAUUUGAUGAAUCGUCAUUCUAUUUUUUUCCUCGGGGAAAAGCUCUGAUUUUCUUCACUGAUUCCAUUCAUGACCCAAGUUCUGAAGCAUUUGCAACAAGGUAUACCUCUUUUUCGCCGCAAGGUUCGUGGCACAUUUUUGUAAGUUUGGGUUAAAGAAAAUAUAGUUUUCUGUUCCAAAGAUGUGUACACGUAUUUAUCUAUAAGUUACAUAUACGUUCGCUCUUUUUUUUUCCUCUGGGACUUAAUAGGUAUUAUUUAUUGUCAACAAAAUAGCCAGAUUUUGGGUAACUUUAUAAAGUAAAGUAAAUCGAGGUUUGAUCUGUUUUUUUUUUCCCAAUUCUCACGCUAAUUGCGACAUUACUAUAAUUCUAAAUUAUUUGCAGAAGGCAAAACUACUUCAAACCCCCAUUCUCCCACCCCCACACACAAUUUCAAAGAAAGAAAUAACUGGGCGUCUGUUGAAGCAGAUGUUUUAAUUAGAUUUGCCUUCAGAAUUUAAACUGAUUUAGGGCUAAGAGUUUUUGACAGUUAUAUGUUGAAUUACUAUUGCUUAUUUAUUAAUAUAUUUAUAUGUACGUUUAUUCAUUUAU